GGUCGAUUAACCCGGAAGUUUGCGGAACGUGAAAAGAGCGCCUGGAUUCGAAGUUUGCAAACCAAGUAAGCUUUUCUAGGUCCCCUCGUCAUCUCGCCAUGAGUCUGGCGCCGACGCCCACCGGGCCGCCCUCGAAUGGCAUUCAGGAGCAGCAGGAGCGCUGGGAGAGGAAGCGGGCCCGCACUGGCCGGGAACUGGUCCGUACCGAGCAGCGCUACUGCCACCAGCUGGAGCUGGUCAAUACGUACUUUGUCGAGAUCCUGAAAGCCAAAGGAACCCUGCGGCAGGACAUUAGAGAAAGCAUCUUCAGCUCAAUUAAAGCCAUUCAUUCACUAAACCAGACGUUACUGGCCUACCUGGAAGACGGGAUGUUUGGCCCCGGCUUCGAAAGAUUCUGCCAGCACCUGAAUCACUACACGGUCUACAUCGACAAUAUCCACAACGCCAACAAAGUUCUCCAGAUGACGCUGAAAAAAAACAAGGCUUUUCGCCGCUUCAAGAAGCUCCAGGAGUCGAGGCCCGAGUUCCGCAACACGAUACUGGAGGACCUUCUCCCACUGCCUCUGCAGCGCAUUCAGCAAUACAAGUACUUCCUGCGGGACUUAACGGAGAACACGCUGCCGGACAGCCCCGAGUCCGCUGCGCUGUCAGGGGCGGUGAAGGCGGUCUCGGAGGUGGCCCAGCGCAUCCAGGACAACGCCCGCAGCCACGAGAACCAGCUGCAGCUGCGGCGCAUUCAGAAGCUGCUGACGGGCUGCAAGAGCAAGGUGCUGGUGCCAGGCAGGUGGUACAUCCGUGAAGGCUGGCUGCGGGCCGUGCCCCCCAAGGGUACUGAGGUCAAGCCCAAGAUGUUCUUCCUGUUCUCUGAUGUGCUCCUGCUCACCACGCCCUGCUCGCCGCUGCACCCCACCAACGGAGACAAGUUUUGCUGCCAGCGUGUUUACGCCCUGCAGGACUGCACGGUGGGCAAGGUGUUCGGCCACACCAAGAGCCAGGGCGGCCUCAUCAGUCUGACCUUCACUGAAGAAAAGCUCUUGCUGAUGUCCAGCGACCAGGAGGACAUCAACGACUGGUACCGGAGCCUGUCCUCAGCCGUGGGUCAGCUGGCGUCCAGAACCACGGUGGUGCACAAGAGGGACAACCUAUGCAGGAGACCCCUGCGUUCGGCCCAGGCGCAGAGCGAGCCCAGCACCCCCUCCGUGGGACCCAGCCAGCCGCAGCCCGUGAGGAAGAGGAACAUGGUCGCAGCAGAGACGACAGGCCAGUGCGAGGGCCCCCCCCACAGUCCCCGCCUUCCUCCGGGUGGGGGUGGGGCCAGCGCCAUGAAGAAGAUGAGACUGACGGAUGCUCCGGCGGAAAGCGCUCCGGAGUCAGCUGGGUCCAGCUGUGUGAUCCUUUAACGGACUCAGGACAAAGGCGGACCUCAUUCCCAGGACAUCACUGGCCGAGUGCAGUGGAAUCUGGAGGGGUGUCGACUACUGCAAUUUUUGAGUUCACAAACUGAUAUGAAUAUAUGAAAAUGCUAUAGGGGAAUAUGUGGGAGAUACAUUUUAAAUGGAUUUUAAAAUGCAUUUCUGUGGAAUAUAUUGCACCUUUACUAUGUAAUGUUCUCCUCUGCUGCCUUCAUAUAUACUAAGCCAUAUAUUGAUGUGUACCACAUAUACUUUAGGCUUGUUAAAAGCAGUGCCAUGCUGAGCACUUUGGUCAAGUCUGUGCACAACACUGGCAGUGAUGAACAGUGCAGUAAAGACCCCAGUGCAUGUUUGCUGCAGGUUCUGUACUACUGAGUCCCCCUGAAGUCACCAACUGGAGAUGAUUCAUUCUGCUACUGAAACAUGCUUGUGGAAUAUAACCUUAUUGCUGCACUGAAGGGCAAUGUAACAAGUUUCCACUAUUUGUGUAUUGUCAUUUAUAUUAUAUCAUUAUUCUGAUUUUAUCGUAUGCCAGAUGUCAAGUUUUAAUCAUUUUAAUAUAUUGCAAGUCUUUUUUUAAAUAAUGCUUUUCUCAAUCACCUUAUAAGCUGACUUGGAAGCGAUGCUGUUUUAUGUCCUGUAUCUGUGGAAUGCUUCGUCCACGAUUGAUGCGUGUACAUUAUACAUGAUUAUGAUGGAGCUGAUUAGCAGAAUGUGUGCAGGGUAACAUCAGCUCAGCUCUGUUUCAACAUCACAACGCAGAAAUCAGAAAUCAUAACCUUAAGGUUAUUUUUUUAUUCUGUAUUCCUAUUAUUUCAGGAAAUCUGUUACACUGAUUAAAACUGUAAAUGUAAAAAUUCAGUUUGUUGUUUUUAAAUAUUAAACGCCUUUGAAAUUC